AUGAGUGAAGUACAAUCCAAUAAGCGUCCUCUGUUCUCUCGAAUAAAGGGAAUAUGGAGAAAUCGAAUAGAUGAGGACAUGGAAAAGGAUAUCGAUGAACUGGACAACAGCCAUCGAAGCAGUCGACACACGGUGAACUUGGAUGAAAUCAGCAGCACCGCUUCGAAGAUAACGAGUCAGGACUUUUUAGAUACGAGCAGUGAGCGGAAAUCGCACAACGAGAAUGGAGGAAAUGAUGACAUCAUCAGUCCUCCAAUUCGGAUAGAAGAAGAUGAAGUUUUAGUGGCAGAACCUUAUGGAACGGUUUGUACCCAAGAAUCAUUGGUUGAGCCUAGGAUCCCUCAGUCGGGGCGACAUGUCCAUUUUUCUACAGUGCGAGUAAGGGAAUUUCCCAUUUCCAUGGGAGAUAAUCCAGGAUCGUCUCGUGGUGGGGUACCAAUAACAAUUGGUUGGGAGACCAUGGAGGAAAAUAUCUACAACGUAGACGUUUUCCAGUGUCGGGCAAAAGCUUGUAACUUACAUCAGUUUCGAAUGGCUCCUGUGGACAGAGUCUUGAUGCUGAAGCGCCAGGGAUACAGUGGACAGGAAAUUAGAGAAGGGACCUCUCAAGUCGAUCAAUUCCGAAAACAAAGAAGACGGACCAUAAGGACAUUACAUUUCUCGGGCCUUCACGAAUUCCUGGAAAGACUGCAACGAUCAAUAGCAAAUGCCACCAUACACAAGUCAAGAAAACGGAAAGAGCGAGAGUUCUUACGCCAGUACAAGUCCAAAUCACCAUCUACAUCAUUUGAGGCUGCAAGAUCCACAUUCCGUGCCCCAGCCAAAUUGAAAGAUUCGAUCGUUAUUUCGGGGGGAAAGAAUGUUUAUUUGGAUUAG